UUCCAUCAUUCUUCUUCCUCAUUGGACUUUGCACGGAGAGACUGGUAUUUAUAGUUGGUUUUAUUAUAGAAGAAACAGAUGGACUGAAGCUGUAAUAAUGAUUGUUUCAUUUCACACUGAGGCGUCAGUUUCAUCCAACAGAGCAAACAUGCAGAGCAGCCUGUUUGUGCUCAUUCUGAUGGGCGAGUGUUCCUUCUGCCUGGAUUGCCUCUACGAGUACCACUUUGUGGAGAAGAAGAAGACCUGGGAUGAAGCCCAGAAGUAUUGCAGGGAGAAGCACACCGACCUGGCCACGGUGUACGACAUGGAGGAUGUGAAGAGGCUCAUGGAGAAUAUGGAGGAACUCUGUGACUCAGCAGAGAGUCAAAGCAAAGCCUGGAUCGGGCUGCGGAAGCAAACCAGUGGCCCCAUGACGUGGCACUGGUCUCUACCGGGGGAGAAGUUCAACGACAGUGAGACACAAUGGAAAGAAGGGCAGCCAGACAAUACCCAAGAUCCUGAGAACUGUGUGGUGAAUCAAAAUGGCGAAUGGUUGAACUUCCCUUGUACUGUGGAAUGUGAAUUCAUCUGCUACGACGACACAGAGCCAACACGUUUCCACUUGAUUGAACAGAAUAAAACUUGGCUUGUGGCUCAAAGCAUCUGUAGAGAAAAUUACACCGACCUGGUCAGUGGAAGUAAACAGCUAUAUGACUCAGAGUUCACAAUACUGCCUAAAACGGACAAAGACCUGUGGAUCGGCCUGUUCAGAGACACCUGGAAGUGGUCCGAUAACAGUAGUUCUUCUUUCAGACACUGGGAUCAAAUAUCAGAACAAGAUGACAAUAGUGAUGAAGGCAGAGACGAAGACCAGAAAUGUGCGACUGUGUCUGAUGGGAAAUUGAGCUCAGAUGAUUGUGAUGGUGAACACCCCUUCGUCUGCUACGAUGAUGAAGUCAUCCUGAUCAGGGUGAACAAGACCUGGGAGGAGGCCCUGGAUUACUGCAGGGAGCACCACCGGGAACUGGCCUCCGUCACCGACUGUCACCAGCAGGCGCAGGUCCAACAGAGGGCCAAGCGGGCCGACACUCCCUACGUCUGGAUGGGGCUGCGCUACACCUGCACCCUGGGGUUCUGGUUCUGGCUCACUGACGAGGUUGUCGAUUACAAGAACUGGAACUCGACGACGGAGGUGGAUGGUUGCGACAUGUCCGGAGCCAUGGAAACAGGAGGAGGUCAUAAGUGGUUCAAAAAGAGUGCUCGCAAGGAGUUUAAUUUCAUCUGCUUGAGGCGUUGA